AUGAGCAAUACUUCCAUCAAUAUUAUCCAGUCCAAAUUCAAAGAUCACAUACAAAGGACUUCAUAUAAAGCAUCCAAAAAACUUGCCAUUAUUAAUGAAGCUAAAAAGUUUGGCAUUUUGACUGCGGCAUGUCAGUUAGGUAUUGACCAGUCAAUGGUAUCAUGUGCCGGAAAAAUUUCAGCCUAUCCAGCUGCUGAGAAAGAACUUCUUAAAUGGAUUAAUGAGUUUUGUCUUGUUGGGAUUACCAUGAUGGCAG